AUGAAAUUUUAUUUUCAUUUGUUAAGAACGCGUUCAAAAUCGCUUCGAUCAGCGUUACGGACAUCUUCGAAAUCAAAUUUAGGAAUGCGUAAAACGGUACAUUUCGCAGAUUCAUUUGGUAUGGAUCUUGUACAUCAGAAUUAUUAUGAAGCAGAUGAUGUAUCAAUCGAGUUACAAAAAUUUGGUGCAACAUUUUCUUCAUUAACAACUAAAAUUAUCAAACGUCCACGAAAUGUUAUGCUAAGCUUAACAAAAUUACAAGGAACUACUGAUGCAGAAAUUGUCAAUUUAACACGCACUCAAUUCGUUUGCUUACAGAACAUUAAAUUCGUCGAUAUGAAUAUUAUUGGCACCAUAAAUGUCCUUAAUAUCGCAUAUGAAAAGCAGGUAUAUAUCAGAUAUACUCUAGAUAAUUGGAGAACAUAUAUUGAAACAGUAGGAAGAUACAAGUGUUCAAUUAGCGAUGAUAAUGCUAUAGAUCAAUUUACAUUUAUCAUUUCACUUCCCAUUGAUUUCCCGGUUGGUGCAAUAUGUGAAUUCUGUAUACGUUACAUAGUUAAUGGUACCAUAUAUUGGGACAAUUGUAAAGGAGCCAAUUAUGCAAUUAAAGCAAUGGAAAAUAUUCCAAUCGAUAAGAAAUUAAUUGUAAAAUCAUUUAAAUCACCGGAUAAUAUUGAAAAUCAAAAAAACACGGAAGAUUGA